AUGUCACUACAAAAAUCAACUCAAUUGAAAGUAUUGGGUGUUGAUGUUCAACUAAUAAGGUCAUUAUUAAAAGUAAUAAUAUUAAUAUCUAUAGCUGGAGCUGCUAUAUCAUCAAGAUUAUUUUCAGUUAUUAGAUUUGAAUCAAUAAUUCAUGAAUUUGAUCCAUGGUUUAAUUUUAGAGCUACAAAAUAUUUAGUAACUCAUUCAUAUUAUGAAUUUUUAAAUUGGUUUGAUGAUAGAACUUGGUACCCCUUGGGAAGAGUUACUGGAGGUACUUUAUAUCCUGGAUUAAUGGUUACUUCAGGGGCUAUAUGGCAUGUAUUAAAAGAUUGGUUUAAAUUACCUGUUGAUAUUAGAAAUAUCUGUGUUAUGUUAGCACCAGUUUUUAGUGGAUUAACUGCAAUUGCUACUUACUUCUUAACUAAAGAAAUGAAAGAUUCAAAUGCUGGAUUAUUAGCUGCUAUAUUUAUGGGUAUUGCACCAGGUUAUAUAUCUAGAUCAGUAGCUGGAUCUUAUGAUAAUGAAGCAAUUGCUAUAACUUUAUUAAUGGCAACUUUUUAUUUUUGGAUCAAAUCAAUGAAAAUUGGAUCUAUAUUUUAUGCUACUUUAACUGCUAUAUUUUAUUUUUAUAUGGUUAGUGCAUGGGGUGGUUAUGUAUUUAUAACAAAUUUAAUUCCAUUACAUGUAUUUGUAUUAUUAUUAAUGGGUAGAUAUAAUCCAAAAUUAUAUGCUGCUUAUACUACAUGGUACGCUUUGGGAACACUAGCAAGUAUGCAAAUCCCCUUUGUAGGGUUUUUACCAAUAAGAUCAAAUGAUCAUAUGGCUGCUUUAGGUGUUUUUGGAUUAUUACAAUUAGUUGCAUUUGGAGAUUAUGUUAAAUCUAAAGUUCCUUCAAAACAAUUUAAAUCAUUUUUAAUUGUAUCUAUGGGAUUAGUUUUUGUGUUGGGUGUGGGGGCAUUAUUUGGAUUAACUGCUAUGGGAUGGAUUGCACCAUGGACUGGUAGAUUUUAUUCACUUUGGGAUACAAAUUAUGCUAAAAUUCAUAUACCUAUUAUUGCAUCAGUUUCAGAACAUCAACCUACUGCUUGGCCUUCUUUCUUUUUUGAUACAUCAAUGUUAAUUUGGUUGUUUCCAGCUGGAAUAUAUUUGUGUUUCCAAGAACUAAGAGAUGAACAUGUAUUUGUUAUUAUUUAUAGUGUCUUGUGUUCAUAUUUCGCUGGUGUUAUGGUUCGUUUAAUGUUAACUUUAACUCCUGUUAUAUGUAUUGCUGGUGCAAUUGCAUUAUCUAAAUUAUUUGAUGUUUAUUUAAAUGUUGUUGAUAUAUUUACCACCACCAAAAUUCAAGAAAAAUAUAAGAAAUUGCCUAUUGCAGCAUUAAUUUCAAAAUUAAUUAUAUUAUUAUCAUUCGGAUUUUAUUUAUUUUAUUUUGUAUUACAUUGUACUUGGGUAACUUCAAAUGCUUAUUCAUCACCAUCAGUUGUAUUAGCUUCGAAAAAUCCAGAUGGAUCUCAACAUUUAAUUGAUGAUUAUAGAGAAGCUUAUUAUUGGCUUAGAAUGAAUACACCCGAAGAUGCAAAAGUUAUGGCUUGGUGGGAUUAUGGAUAUCAAAUUGGUGGUAUGGCUGAUAGAACUACUUUAGUUGAUAAUAAUACUUGGAAUAAUACACAUAUUGCAACGGUAGGAAAAGCAAUGUCAUCUUCAGAAGAAGUUUCAUAUGAGAUUUUAAAACAACAUGAUGUUGAUUAUGUAUUAGUUAUAUUUGGAGGAUUAUUAGGAUAUUCAGGUGAUGAUAUAAAUAAAUUCUUAUGGAUGGUUAGAAUAGCAGAAGGAAUAUGGCCUGAUGAAAUUAAGGAGAGAGAUUAUUUUACAGAUAGAGGAGAAUAUAAAGUAGAUAAAGAUGCUUCCAUAACAAUGAAAAAUUCAUUAAUGUAUAAAAUGUGUUAUUAUAGAUUUGCUGAAUUAUUUGGAGGUAGAGAUGGAGUAGAUCGUGUUAGAAAUCAACAAAUAUCAGCUGCUGAUGCACCAAAAUUAAAUGUUGUUGAAGAAGCUUUUACUUCAGAAAAUUGGAUUGUUAGAAUAUAUAAAGUUAAAGAUUUUGAUAAUCUUAAUAGAGAUUUAAUAAAGACUACUAAAGCUGGUACUAAGAAGAAAACAAGAGCUAUUAAAAGACCAAAUUUGGAAAUUAGGGAUUAG